AUGUCGGAUCCCAACGCUGUCAAAGAGGCCGAGGUCUCCAUGGCCAACCUCUUGCUCGACGAGGUCACCGGCGAGAAGGUGUCCAAGUCCGAAUUGAAGAGACGCCAGAAGCUCCGCGAGAAGGAGGCCAAGAAGAAGGAGAAGGAGGCCGCUGCUCCCCCCAAGGCCGAGAAGAAGACUUCCGCCGAAGAUGACGAGGCUAACCUUACUCCCAACCAAUACUUCGAAAUCCGAACCAAGAAGGUCCAGAAGUUGCGCGAGACCAGAUCCCCCAACCCUUACCCCCACAAGUUCCAGGUCACCAAUGAUCUGCGCGAGUUCCUCAAGGAGCACGAGGGCCUCCAGAAGGGCGAGCAGAAGCCCGACAUCCCUGUCCGCAUCGCUGGGCGUAUCUUCACUAAGCGUUCCUCCGGCGGCAAACUGAUCUUCUACGAUCUUCGCGCCGAGGGUGUCAAGGUCCAGGUUAUGUGCCAGGCUCAGAAUGCCACCGGCAGCGUCCCCUUUGAGGAGCAGCACGAGCACUUGCGCCGUGGUGACAUCAUUGGAAUCGUCGGUUUCCCCGGCCGUACAGCCCCCAAGAACCGCCCUGACGGUGAGCUGUCGAUCUUCGCUACCGAAGUUGUUCUCUUAUCUCCCUGCCUGCACGCCAUUCCCUCCGAGCACUAUGGUUUCCAGGACAAGGAGCAGCGUUUCCGCCAGCGCUACUUGGAUCUGAUCAUGAACGACCGCUCUCGCAAUAUCUUGCGCACUCGUUCCAAGGUUGUCACGUAUAUACGCAACUACUUCGAUCAGCGUGAUUUCACUGAGGUGGAAACCCCUAUGAUGAAUGCCAUUGCCGGUGGUGCUACUGCCAAGCCAUUCGUCACUCACCACAACGAACUUGACAUGAAGCUGUUCAUGCGUAUCGCCCCCGAGCUUUACCUCAAGAUGCUCAUCGUCGGCGGCAUGGAGAGGGUCUACGAGAUUGGCAAGCAGUUCCGAAAUGAAGGCAUUGAUCUCACGCACAACCCGGAAUUCACCACAUGUGAAUUCUACCAGGCGUAUGCCGACAUGUACGACUUGAUGGACUUGACUGAAGACCUUGUCUCCGGCCUUGUCAAGCACGUGACUGGUGGAUAUGAAACUACCUUCCACAGCCAGGACGGCCAAGCCCACACUGUCAACUGGAAGGCCCCUUGGAGGCGAAUUGAGAUGAUCCCCGCUCUGGAGGAGGCCACCGGCGAGAAGUUCCCGCCUGGCACCGAGCUCCACACCCAGGAGACCAACGAGUUCCUCAAGAAGAUCCUCAAAAAGAUGAAUGUGGAGUGCGCACCUCCCCUGACCAACGCCCGCAUCCUUGACAAGCUGGUCGGUGAGUUUAUUGAAGAUACCUGCCAGAACCCCAGCUUCAUCAUGGGCCACCCCCAGAUGAUGUCGCCUUUGGCCAAGGCCCACCGUGAUCACCCUGGUCUCUGCGAGCGUUUCGAGGCUUUUGUCAUGGGCAAGGAGAUUUGCAACAGUUACACCGAGUUGAACGAUCCCUUUGAUCAGCGCAUGCGCUUCGAAGAGCAGGCCAACCAGAAGAGCCAAGGUGACGACGAAGCUCAGUUAAUCGACGAGACCUUCUGCCAGUCUCUCGAGUACGGUCUCCCCCUACCGGUGGUUGGGGUAUGGGUAUUGACCGUCUGGUCAUACAACUACUCCAUCAAGGAGGUUCUGGCUUUCCCCAUGAUGAAGGAUGACAAGACCGCUGAGCAGCACAAGUCUGCUGCCGAGAUUGCCGGUAUUGAGCCUUCUCCUGAGGAGGGAAUUCGUAUGUUGUUGCUUUCCGCUAACUUACAUGAGCCGAUUGAACUAACGUUAAAUUUGCAGCCCACAAAUAAUUGA